GUGCGCUAGAGUAGAGCUGUGGAAUCAUCGUCCAGAGAUGGCUUGGCUCAGAGUGAUCUAUGUGGCAGCUGUGCUGAGUCUCCAGAUACGAGACUCUAAACCACAGCUGUCUGAUUGUGGUCAGCCAGCUCUCAACACCAGGAUUGUUGGAGGACAGGCUGCUCCUGCAGGCAGCUGGCCCUGGCAGGUCAGUCUGCACACCUCCGCUCACAUCUGUGGAGGGAGCCUCAUCAACAACCAGUGGGUGCUGACUGCCGCCCACUGUGUCAAUGGACGCUCCCCAUCACAAAUUACAGUGUACCUGGGUCGUCAGAGUCAGGAGGGAUUAAACCCCAACGAAGUGUCUCGAUCAGUAACUCAGAUAAUCAUUCAUCCUGGCUACGACUCCGACACUUUCGACAAUGACAUCUCCCUCCUAAAGCUCUCUUCAUCGGUAACCUUCAGCAACUACAUCUCACCUGUCUGCCUGGCGGCCUCAGGCAGCACCUUCUUCAGCGGCGUUGACACCUGGAUCACUGGCUGGGGCACCAUUGGGAGUGGAGUUGACCUCCCUUCCCCAAAGAACUUGAUGGAAGUGGAGGUGCCAGUCGUGGGAAACAGACAGUGUAAGUGUAGUUAUGGCGUGAAUCAAAUCACUGACAACAUGAUGUGUGCUGGAUUAGAAGAAGGAGGAAAGGACUCUUGUCAGGGAGACUCAGGAGGUCCACUGGUGAGCAAACAGGGCAGUCGUUGGAUUCAAGGAGGAAUUGUGAGUUUUGGAAUAGGUUGUGCACAGCCUAACUUCCCAGGAGUCUACGCCAGAGUGUCCCAGUACGAGACCUGGAUCAAAAACCAGAUCAGCAGCAGCCAGCCAGGCUUCAUUAGCUUCACGUCCAACGGGACUGACAGUGACCUCAGCGUUUCAUGUCCAGGCCUGCCGCCUAUUUCAACCACCACUGCUUCCACCACACCAAGCACUGCCUCACCUACUACAACCAUUCCAGCGUUGGUCUGUGGAAGAGCCCCACAGAAUUCUCGUAUUUCGGGUGGAAGUUCGGUGGCGAAGGCCGGUGUGUGGCCGUGGAUGGCGAGCCUGCAGAAGGAUGGGCGGCAUGUGUGUGGUGGGACGCUGGUGGCUGUGGACUCUGUGAUGAGCAAUGCCAACUGCUUCCCAAGCUCCCCCAAUGCGUCUGAGUGGACGGUUGUGUUGGGUCGUUUGAGGCAGAAUGGAUCCAACCCCUUUGAGGUGUCGCUGAACGUGACCAACAUCACCCUGAGUAACAUGACGGGAUCCAACAUUGCACUGCUUAAACUGUCCACCCAGCCCACCCUGUCUGACUACAUCCAGCCCAUUUGUCUGGAUGAUGGAAAAACCUUCCCCGUGGGUUCAGUGUGCUGGACAGCUGGUUGGAGCUCCGGACAAGGAGGAGAAGAACAAGUCAUGCAGGAAUUGCAGACCUCAGUGUUAAAUUGUGGGAAUAUAUCAACAAGUGAGAGCAUUUGUACAGGACUCUUUGCACUGGAGGAGGGUGACUCUGGAAACCCGCUCAUGUGUAAGUUGGACAGCGCUUGGUUCCAGGCAGUGGUUUUGUCAUUUGCAAGCCCCUCCAGCAGGCAAAAACGAGAGGAUAAAGUGAUGGUCUUUGAAAAGCUGAGCCAAUUUCAGAGCUUCUUAACUCGGUCACUGGGGACUUUCUUGUCCCCAACUUCCUCCAGCAAUGUCACUGCCAACAACAGUACAAACACCAGCAGCGACUCGACCACCACCACCGCUGCCACCGCCAGCGGGGCUCACGCUCCUUUCUCCUUUUUCCACUGCAUCAACCUCCUCAUCCUCGCCUUGUGUCUCCACACCUUCUCAGAGGAGUUAAUUGAACAUCUUACAUGAUGAGACUCGCACAAACGAAUUCAGGCAAACUUUGAAUGACACUUACAAGGUUGUUUUUUUUUUUAAUCUCAUAUGUAAAAAUGCUUGUUUCUGCACUUAUUACUAAUACGUUGGAAAGUAUAUCACUGUGCUACUUUAAUGGUAGCACCGGCAUGAUUUAAAGAAUGUUAAAAUGAAGACUUUUUGAAGAUGCUUUUAGAUGUAUGGACUGGAAAUUAAUCCAGAAGUUUGUGUUGUCUGAAAGUCUUAUCUAUUAUCUACCUACCUCAGAUAAUGCCAUGAAAAUGUUUUCUUUUAAACUAAAAGUAAUUAAUGUUAACAAUAUUCAAAAUAAAACAUUCUUAUCUUUGUUGCAGUGUUUCUAAAUUUAAUGAGCGUUGUGUUUUUGAUUUCACAUUAAUAAAAGCACUGCAAAUUCACACUAAAGUUAACAUUUGACAUUAAACAAAUUCAAUGAAAAAGUGUGUUUACUCUAAAAGACAACCUACUCCUGUGCAGUUUUAGAGUUUGUGGUGAAAAAUCUUAAUUGGAUUAAGGUAUUUUCUUUGUAUUUAUUUAGGAUAAACGUGUUUAAACUGAAUUCCUUCCCUGUAAAGAUCGACCCACAAUGAUGUGAGCAACUGAGAACUGCCAAACAGAAAAUUAUGAAUUCAUGUUACCACAGGUUUUAAAAGCUGUUGAAUCAUAGAGUAUUUAGUUUUUCACACACUGCUUUGUGUUUAGAUUUCUUUUUUUUUGUGAAAUGAAUAAUAAAGUGUUGUAGUGGUAAUUGACCAGAUAAUGUUCUAAACAUAGUCAGGCACUGUGAUUUGGUACUUUACUCUUGAUGAAUAAGACCUGUUUUGUUACAGCAGUUAUAUUAAAUAUUUUAAUUCUUCUUGGAAUUGCAGUAUAUGGAGAGACAAUUUUGCACUGUAUAAUUUGUAUUGUAAUAACAUUUUUGUUGUAUCCUGUAUUUUUAUGUGGACAGAAUUAUUUAGAAGAAUAAAGACAAAUUCCAGAUGUCAUGAUUGAAACAGCUGCUUCGAUGUUCCUCGUCUUCAGUCCACUACCUCAGAUACAAAAUAUGAAACUAGUGUUCAGAAAACAUGUUUUCAUAUUGUGUAUAAAUCCAAAAAAGGAAAGAAAAUUCAAAUUAAUUAAACCACU